AUGUAUAUCUAUAAAGGAGGGAUAGUGUUUUUAUUGAUGAGGAUGGGAUAAUGUCAGAAUCCAGUAAUAUCAAUAAAUCCAGAGAUAAGUGGGACAGCGUUAUCAAUGUUCUUUAUAUUCUUUUUUUUGGGGAUUGGAUCAUUCAUGAAGGAGAUUAAUAAGAAAUUAAAGGUAAAUAAAUGUGAAAAGGUUUAGAUUCCAUUUUCUCCCAUGCUGUUUGUUUUUGGCUUGUUUUUCGGUUUUUAUUGGGAUUCAUUGGGUAUCAUAGGGCGAAGUUGUAAAAAGGUCAGCGAAAUUGAGCCGGUACUAAUAUAGGGAUGUAUGUUUACAGAUCGGAGUGUUGUUAAUAUUUCUACCGACGUUAAUAUAUGAAUCAGGAUACAACUUUGAUUGGCAUUUAUUCAAGAGACUAUUUGCAUAGACAGCAAUAUUGGCAUUUCCUUGCGUGAUAAUAUUAUCUACAUUAUUGUAAUUGUGUGUAAAAGUAUUACUAAAUUAUGGUGAUGAUUAUUUUACAUGGGAGAGUGCUUUCAUGUUUGGAGCAAUGUUGAGUUGUACAGAUACAGUUGCAGUGUUGGCGUUAUUAAAAGAAAGUGGAGCAUAAAAGAGAUUUUAGAGUUUAAUAGAGGGAGAGAGUUUAUUAAAUGAUGGAGCAUGUGUUAUGUUAUUUUAAAUAUCAUAUGGAAUAGUAAGAGGAAGAUCAGCAUCUGCAUUUGAUGUAGGAUCUUUAUUUUUUACAUUAUGUGUAGGUGGAACAUUAAUAGGAUUAGUAUUUGGAAUGGCAUGUGUUUAUUGGAUUAAGAAGAUAGCAAAUGAUGAGAUUCUUGUUUUAAAUAUAACAAUAGUCUCAGCAUUCUUGGUUUAUUUUAUAUCUGAAAAUGUUGAUUUCGGUGUGCAUAUAUCAGGUGUGUUGGGAUUAGUAUCAUUAAGUUUAUUUAUGGCAGCAUUUGGAAGAUCUCGUAUAUCGCAUGAAGCUGAUCAUGCAUUAAGAGAAUUUUGGGAAUAUGUUGUUUUUGCCAGUGAAGUUAUCAUUUUUAUUUUGGGUGGAAUUAUUGCAGGAAUUAGAGUAUUCAAAGAUGAAAGUGAAAUUACAUAAUUAGAUUUUUAUAAAAUGAUUGCAUUAUGGUGGUGUUUAAUUGGAUGUAGAUUUAUUUCUAUUGCUGUUUUCUAUCCUUGGCUUAAUAAAUUAGGUUAUGGAUUGAGUUGGUCCUAAGUUAUUGUCUUAACUUAUGGAGGAUUAAGAGGAUCUAUAGGUAUAGCUUUUGCCUUAAUUGUUGCCAAAGAUGAAUCAUUACCCACUAAAUGGAGAGAUAUUAUAUUAUUUCAUAUGUCAGGAAUUGCUGUUUGUACUCUUGUUGUUAAUGGAACUACUCUCUCUUUAUUAAUUAGAUUACUUGGAUUAUCUACUUAAUCUGAUAUUAGAGAAAAAAUUUAUUCUAAUUUCUUAUCUAAAUUAAAUGAAGAAAUUGAUAGUGAGUGCAAAAAAAAUAAUGAAUUAAAAUAUCUCAAAGAGGCUGAUGUUGAAUAUGUCAAAACUUUAAGUGGCUAUAAAGUCUAUUUAGCAGAAUGCAAUAAAAUCAUUGAUAAAUUAGCUAAACAUGAAAAAGCAUAAAAAGAAAUCUAAAUGAAAAAUAUUCAUCAACCAUUAAUGGAUGAUGAAGAAGAUUAAGAAUUAGAUCAAAAUUUAUUAACUGAAAUCAGAAGAAUCUUUCUUAUGGCAUUAAAAGGUAUCUAUAUGGAAUAAUUUGAAUCUAAUCAAUGUAGUCCUGAUACAAUUAUUCUAUUGACUGAAAGUGCAAAUUUAGAUCUUGAUAAUGAUAAAGAACCUAUGAAUUCAUGGGAAUUCUUAUAGAGCCAAUUUUCAGAAAGAUACAUUAAUUUACUGUUUUAUAUGAAAGAUAAGUUUAUUAUUGGAGUUCUAGCUAGAAAUUAAUUGUUUUCAUAUAUCUACACAAUUUAUGAUGCUGUUUCAGCUUAUAUUGAAGCUAUUUCAAUUUUAAAAGAGGAGGCUUCACAUUAUCAUUUUUCAUAAAAUUUAUUAUCAGAAAUUUUGAAUGAAGUUGAAGAUAAUAAAAAAUCGGCUGUUUCAUAUUUGGAAGGAUACUUAGAAGUAUCGUUUCCUGAAAUUUCUAGAGAAUUACAUACAAAGAAAGCUGCAUUUGAAAUAUUAGAAUUUGAAAAAUAAGUAUUAAGAAACAAUCUUUAAUCUGGGUAAUUAAAUGACAAGGAAUUUUUAAGGAUGAAAAGAAAUAUAGAUAAAAAAGUAAAAAAUCUAAAUGAUUUAAAUCCACCUUGGUAAAUGCCAUCUUUAGUUGAUAUACUCACUCAACAUGAAUUAUUUAAGUCACUCUCAUCAGCCAAUAUAAUAAAAUUAUUAGAAGGUUCAAGAGAAGAUUCAUUUGGAAGAGAUUAAUUGAUUUAUAAAGAAGGAGAUAGGGCUAGUGAAAUCUGUAUCAUAACAAGAGGAGCUGGAAAUGAAUUUAGUGAUAGAUCAAAAAUAAGAGAGAGAAGAACUUUGAAUGAAGCUACACCAAUAUAUAUGUUAGUUGCUCCAUCAAUCAGAUAUUAAACAUCAUUAGUAGCAGAUUGUGUCAUUAAUGCAACAUUUAUCAAAAUAUAAGCUUUAUAAACCAUUAUGAAAUAAAUUCCAGAGUUUGAAGAAGCAAUAUGGAGAUAUUCUAUUCCUCUUUUGUGUAGAGUUUAUAGUGAUCAUUUAAAACCUUUAUGCAAUUUUAAAAUGAGUUAGAUUGUAGAAAUAGUAUCUAAGUCACUUUUUUAAAAGAUGAAGAAGAAUUAAUUAAUCAGAUUUGAGUAGGGAGGAAUUUUGUUAAAAGGUAGAUAAAAUUUUAUCAUUACUAGGUACAUUGUGUGAGGGUAAGGAAAGCAUUUAAGAAGCAUCUUCAGAAGAUGAGGAUGCAUUAAAGAAUACAGAUGAAGAUAAAGAUUCAACUUAGAAGGAUGCUUUAUGUUUGAUUGGGCCUACAUCAUAACCAUUAAGAGCCAAGACUGGAAUAAUAAUUUUACUAUUUAAGUAGUAUUAAUUGCUUGAAUAAUAUAAUUAAUUGAAUUAGACAAUAAACGAAGGAGGUAAAUCUUCAUAUAGAAGAUCGAGCAAAUCAGAUUUAUAGAAAAGAUCCUUGACAGUUAUACAUUGAAAAGUG